AAUUAAGGCUGUGUUCAACCAUAUACGGUUUCUUGUUUCAGUAUGGAUUUUGCAUUGAAGGCAACAGUGUAUGGUUCUUUGCUACUUAACAUUCUAGUAUCCGCGGCGGCUGAGCCUCCAGUUCUGGGUAGACGUUGGCGAGGGGACAGUGGUAAGCCAUCAAUGAACUCGUUGAAAAAUGGGGAUGGUGAUCUUGUGACUAACUUGCCUGGUCAGCCCGAUGUGGACUUCCGCCACUAUGCUGGCUAUGUCACUGUGAAUGAAAAGAAUGGAAGAGCUCUCUUUUACUGGUUCUAUGAGGCCACGACUCGCCCUGAAGAAAAACCAUUGGUGCUGUGGCUUAAUGGAGGUCCCGGGUGUUCUUCUGUGGGAUAUGGAGCAACACAGGAGAUUGGUCCUUUUAUAGUGGACACUGACGGGCAGGGACUUAAAUUUAAUCCUUAUUCAUGGAAUAAAGAAGCCAACAUGAUAUUCUUGGAGUCACCAAUUGGAGUUGGUUUUUCUUACUCCAAUACAAUUAGUGAUUACCAUAAUUUGGGAGAUGACUUAACAGCAAAUGAUGCUUAUACCUUUCUGCACAAGUGGUUCCUGAAGUUCCCAUCAUACAGAAAGAGAACCUUUUACAUUGCCGGGGAGAGCUAUGCAGGAAAAUAUGUCCCACAGCUAGCUGAGCUUAUCAAUGACAAGAACAAUGACCCUUCCCUUCAUAUUGAUCUCAAGGGUAUUUUGUUGGGAAAUCCUGAAACAUCUUUUGCUGAGGACUGGAAAGGUCUGGUGGAUUAUGCUUGGAGCCACGCGGUGAUUUCAGAUGAAACACACGGAAUAAUCAGAAGAAGCUGUGAUUUUGACAGCAAUAAUACAUGGAGCAACGAUGAUUGUUGUGAAGCGGUGGAUGAAGUACUCAAACAAUACAAGGAGAUUGAUAUCUAUAGCCUCUACACCUCAGUUUGCUUCAGCAAUUCGGCGGAUUCAGAUGACAAAUCAUUUCAAGUUAUGAUGUCCCGUACUUCUAACACGAUGCCUAGGAUCCUUGGUGGUUACGAUCCAUGCCUGGAUGAUUAUGCAAAAGCUUUCUACAACAGACUGGAUGUUCAAAAGGCCUUACAUGUUAGUGAUGGUCAUCAGCUGAGGAACUGGAGCAUCUGCAAUUAUACUUUAUUUCACAAGUGGUCAUAUUCGACUCCAUCUGUUCUUCCUAUAUACACCAAGCUUAUCCAAGCGGGACUUAAAAUAUGGGUUUACAGUGGCGACACAGAUGGAAGAGUUCCUGUACUAUCCACAAGAUACAGCUUAAAUUCUCUGCGACUCCCCAUCACCAAAUCCUGGAGGCCAUGGUAUCACCAGAAGCAGGUAAGCGGUUGGUAUCAAGAAUAUGCAGGGCUUACAUUUGCGACAUUUAGAGGGGCAGGCCAUGCAGUGCCGUGCUUCAAACCAAGUGAAUCACUAGCACUCUUUUCAUCCUUUUUACUUGGGGAUUCUCUGCCUUCUGUACGAGGACAAUAAAUUAAAGCAAGUGCUCCAUACUCCAAAGGUUUUGUUGUAGAAUGCAGAAAAAAAUUAGAAAAUAAUAAGAGCUCAAAAACGAGAGCUGUUCCUGUACGAAAUUGCACUACUUUCUUUCUUAAUUUUGCCAUCUGUGUGGUUAAAAAAAUAAUAAUAAUUUAGAGGGGAAAUAUUUUAG